AGUUUAUAAUUGUUUUUAUUACAUUAUCUUUCAAAGUCAAGCUCAAAUAGUUGUGUCAAAAUAAUAAGCCUCAACACUAUUCAAAUUUUUGAAAUGUGUAUUUUGUUUGUUUAUAAUGGAGCCAAUGAUAUUGAAAGCGAUUUUAGCCUUAUCCUUAUAUCCAAUAGAGAUGAGAAUUAUGACCGUCCCGCGCAAUGUAUGGCUCCCUGGAGCGAAGACCCGUGUGUUUAUGGAGGUAGAGAUUUAGAAACUGGUUGUGAGAAAGGAACAUGGCUAGCUGUUAGCUCAAAAUAUAAGAAAAUUGGUUUGCUUUUAAAUUUGCCUGGAGUAAAAAAAGAAAAUGCAAAAAGUAGAGGCACUGUAGUAGCUGAUUAUGUAAAAUCUAAUUUGAAGCUGUUAGAUUAUAUUGAAUCAAUUAAAAAUUAUACAAAUAAUUGUAAUGAAUUUAUUUUUGUGUCUGUUGAGUUAGGAAAUUCAUUACCAGAAGUAAAAACCUACACCAAUGCUACAAAUAAAAUCAAUAAAUGGUCUGACACAUAUCUUGGGUUUGGCAAUAGUCUCCCUGACAAACCUUUAAAAAAGGUGCAAUAUGGCAAAAAAUUGUUGAAAAAUAUAUGUACUAAACUAAACAAGCUUAACACAAAACCUGAAUUAUUGAAUGAAUUAAUUAGUUUAUUAAAAAAUCAAGAAAGAAAUUUGCCUGAUCCCCAGUUAGAAGAAAGACAACCAAAUAUUUAUAAAGAACUUAGUUCAAUUUUUGUUGAUAUCCCAAAAGCAAGAUAUGGGACAAGGGCUCACACUAUAGUUCUUGUGACUAAAUCAGGACAAGUUGAUUUAAUUGAACUAAGUUUGAAAUCUCCCAUUAAUAUAGAAAAUGCAGAAUGGGAGAGAAAUGAGUUUCAAUUUAUUAUUUAAUAAUGAUGUUAAAAUAUUAGAAUUAUAAAAACUGUUGAUUAUUUCUUAAUCU